AUGCGUCCAUUCAGCACUUCAGCGAGAGCUCUUUUCAAGAGGCUCGGCUUCCCAGUGGAGUCGAUCCCGGAUACCCAUAGAUCAGGAUAUGAGAAGUUCUUCUCACCAGAUGGCGGUGCUGAACAGGUACAUCUCUCUCUCUAACCCUCCCAACAAGGAAUGAUAGCUGCCAACACAUUUUCUUCAGAAAUUUGGGAAGACCAAAUCCGCACUAUUGAAGCCUCGUGGUGGGAAUCCGGUACAUCAAUCUUCAUUCAAUAAGGCAGAUAAAGCUUUGAUUAUUAGCGUUGUCGUUGAAGGAGAGAGAGGUAAAGCGACUUGUCAUAUCUACGAAGAUGGAACUGGAACCAGAAAGAAGGGUGAUGAACGGCAAUGA